CUUUGUUGAACAAUCUUUCCGGGAGUAGUAUACCUCAAAAGUCUUGGCAACUGUACCAACUUGUUACAUUUAGAUCUUUCAUAUAACAAUCUCAGUGGCUCAAUACCUCCCGAAAUCAUUAAGCUUUCCUCCAUUUCCAUUGCACUUGACCUAUCUAGCAACGUCUUGACGGGUACUAUUCCAUCAGAAAUUGGGGCUUUGAGAAACCUUGGGUACAUAAACUUGUCCAAAAACAGAUUAUCUGGAACCAUUCCAACUUCUUUAGGCAGUUGUGUGUUACUCGGCGGGAUUUUCAUGGAGAGAUUCUCUUCAAGGUGAGAUACCUGAUAGUCCGACGGCUUUGAGAGGUUUAGAAUAUUUGGAUCUUUCACAUCCGUGAUGAUUCCAAACUUUUUGGCAGAGUUUCGCCUCUUGUAUCUCAACCAUUCUUUCAAUGAGAUGCAAGGUGAAGUGUCUUCUAUUGGAGUUUUCCAAAAUGAAAGUACAAUCUCACUUGAAGGAAACCAAGGCUUGUGUGGAGGCAUUGAAACCCUACACCUUCCUUCUUGUCCAUCCUCUCAAAAGCCCAACAAGAAAGGUGUAGGGAAAAUCUUGAUCCCAACCAUUGUCGGGGCCAUAUGCCUAGCGCUUGCAGUCUGCUUAUGUGUGAUCAUUAUCUACAAGCGACGAACAUUGCAAAAUGUUGGAACUCCAAUAUUCCAACUUCCAGACAUUUUGAGGCUAUCAUAUGGAGAUCUCUUGAAUGCCACCAAUGGAUUCUCAGAGAUGAAUCUAGUUGGUGCAGGUAGAUUUGGAUCUGUGUAUAAAGCAACUAUCAAUGAUGAUGAUGAUGAGCAGACAGAUGUGGCAGUGAAGGUUCUUAAUCUUAACGUAAGAGGAGCUUGUAAGAGUUUGGCAUCAGAAUGCAAUGCAUUGAGAGGCAUACGACACAGAAACUUGCUCAAGAUUGUCAGUGUGUGUGACGGCACUGAUUUUCAAGGGAAUGAUUUCAAGGCAUUGGUGUAUGAAUUUGUGGCCAACGGAAGCCUUGAGAACUGGCUGCAUUCUGCGAAAGAAGGCAUGGAAGCUCUGCCUCUAAGUGCUAUUCAAAGACUCAAUAUUGCUAUUGAUAUUGCAUCUGCAGUUGAGUACUUGCAUUGCGGUAUUGAAUCCAUAGUUAUUCAUGGAGAUUUGAAGCCGAGUAACAUUCUCUUGGAUCAAGGUAUGGUCGCCAAAGUUGGUGAUUUUGGUUUAGCCAAAAUUGUUUCAAAGUGCUUGCCAUCCACGGAUGGAAGCAAUUCAUCUGCAAUAAAGGAGUAUGGCAUGAGCUACGUUUCUUCAACUCAAGGGGAUGUAUACAGUUACACAGUUCUUGUGCUUGAGAUGUUCACAAAUAGGAGACCAACAAGUGAUGCGUUUGAUGGGUGCCUAAAUCUCCAAGACUUCGUUAGCACAGGUUUAACCAACCGUGUAAUGGAAGUAGUGGAUCCAUUUCUGCAUCAAGAACUUAAUGUGGAUGAAAAGUAUUGGGAUUGCGUUGUUUCAAUUCUGAGUAUUGGAGUGAGAUGCUCGAAGCAGCUUCCAAGAGAUCGCAUGUCGAUUGCAGAGGUUGUUAAUGACUUGAAAAAGAUAAGAAAUGUGCUUCCUGCACACAGAAAUGACAGAAAUGUUUCUCCACAUCAGCACUGA